AUGGACUCCAACCCUUUCAAUGAUAGAUCCGCGGAUGCGGGUGACUUCAUGCUUCCGAACCUUAUGGAGAGGGAUCUUGAGUGGGCGGAGUCACUCUCAGACGCACUCUCAUUUGGAACCAGCCCAGACUUUGAUUACACGGUCGGAGCCAGCCAAUGGCACAAUUAUCAGUUAAGCCAAGACGCCCAGCUCGGCAGUAUUGAUGAGCCAGCUCCGCAGUCAAGCCCAUUCCUGGUCGGCCCUAGCGCUGCUGGUCAAGCUGGCGAGCAGCCUCAGAUUCAAUGGCCGAUCCCGGCUGUCCCAGAGGAGCCUAUGGUGAUGGAGACUGACCAGCCCGGCCAGCCUUUCCAACCGGAUUUGCAGCCCACGUCGGUUGUCUUUCCUUUCGGUAGCGCAAACACCCAGGAUCAGCAGAGCCAUAACAUGAACGCGGAUGCCGAGCUCGUGAACGCGGGGGCCACGACCAUGAAUGAGGAAAUCCGGGCCCUGAAAGACACGCUGGCACAGUACACCAACCAGGAGCCAGAGAUCACAAACGCGAAGGCCCAGGACAUGAACGCAGAGACCCAAACCAUGAACGAGGAGCCUCAGAUUACAAACGCGGAGGCCCAGGCUAUGAACGGGGAGAACCAGGACAUGAACCCGAAGGCCCAGACCAUAAACGGGGGCCCUGCACAGAUUGAUCGAGGAUCUGGCAACAUUCCUGAUGCCCAGACAAAGCAUCUUUCCAUUGAUUUCUGCGAUUAUAUGGCAUGGGCACUUACUGUGAGGAAUGCCCGUGCCGCACUGAAGAGUGGGCAGCCGGCAAGUAUACCUCGAGACAUCGCGACGAUGAGUGUACGGGCCUCGUAUUGUCUGUACGCAAAGGGUCAUCAUGAACUGCCACCCACCCCAAUCGAGUGGACGAGGCAUUCCAAGCACGGUCCAGCAUGCCUUCCCUGGGAACUUCAGUUGCUCAAUAACGGCAUGCGAGAGUAUAUGCGCAAGGAUCCAACUUCUUCUCCAGGCAACUACCGAGUCAGAUGCGUGCCUUUGGGAUACGGCCGCUGGGAAGUUCGGCGCAAUGACGACAUGCGACGCACGCUCUUGGAAGACGGCCCGGGACCCAGCUAUGUGUGGCACGAAUACGGCUAUGAGGCAGGGCCAAGCUCGUCGCAGAAUGGAGUGCCGCCUCGACAAUACAGCAGACGGGGGACUUCACGAUUCCGUCGGCAAGGUCAGACUCCAUCGCAACCUGCGUCGGGAUUGUCGAUGCAAUUCCAGCUGCCGUUAAACCCGCAGAUGCAGCUUGUAUACGAGGGACGUCAGCAACAACAGCAAAAGCAGCAACAGCAGCAACAGCAAAAAGCUUUGCAGCAAGUUCAACAGGCUCGGCAGCAACUGCAGCAGCUGCAACUACAGCUUCAGCAACAACAGCAACAGCAACUGCAACAGGAGCAACAGGAGCAAGGGCCUCAGCAACUACAACAAACUCAGCAGCAACAAUGA